CUGCCGAUUGAGAAGGCAGCUGCAGCAACGGCCAUCUUCCCGGCGACAUCACCAUCGGCAGUUGAAGAAGGAGAGGUGGCCGUCGAGAGCCGUGGCCAGCAGCAGCAGCAGUUCCAGAAAGGGGCAGCAAGACACCCUGUAUCCCGAUCGCCUGACCUCACGUUCACCACCACUGAGCAACCAAGUAAUGCUGCAAACAUCGCCAAAGACAACUUUUGGGCGGUGAAGGUCGAGGCUCCUGAGUCGCAACACCCAGCUACAAUUGGGUCUUUGCGUGCGAUCCCUGCAAAACAGAGAGCCUCGGGUUAUGGGAGGCCCUCGACAUGGAAGUUCAGGAAGAAGAAAAGAGGAACCGGAGAUGGCUGGGCUUCUGAGAAGCAGAAGAAGCAUGAGGAACCACCGUCGAAGCCUGCUGGCAAUGAGGGAUCCACCACGAUCAGAGUUCCGCAACCACAGGGAGACUCGCGAUUGGCGGCAGCUUCCGUGACGUGGUCAACCGGCGAUGAUGCGUCGAAGAAGAAGAACCGCUGGCUUGAGUCGCCGAAAUCCAAAACGCGGGGAACACCGCGACCUUUAGCAGCGACCUUCGAGGCGCCGACAGUGACGAGAUGGGAAUCAGACUCGCCGCGAGAAGAGAAGGAAGCAGAGGGCGAACCGGUUGCCCUGUCGGAGUCAAGAAUCGCGACGAGCUCAGGCAUGGUGAACGCGGAGAAGAAGUCAAAGCUGAGGAAGGAAGAACGUCGGCAGUCUCGUCGCCAGGAGUUUUGCACGGCGGUUCUGGGCGCCCAAGGGACGACGAGUCCAUUGUCGACGAUGGCGAAUCGCAAAAGAGGGAAGAGGACUGGCGGGUCGGAAUUGCAUCCCAGCCGCUUGACGAGUCCAUCGACGGAGAACGAGGCAAAGAGGAAGAAGGGCGGCGGUGAUUUCUCUGCCUCCUGCUGGCUUUCCACCGAUGAGGAGGAAGAGCCGAUAGCGAUGAUCACCGGGACGAGCUUGCUUCUUAGUCGUCGGCUGGGUGGUUCGCCGCCGGAAGAAGAGUCGCUGCCGGAGGGAGAAACUGAGCAGACGGCGACCAAAGAGGAGGGCGGCGUCUUCCUCUCGCUCGCUAACCCUAGGUCACGGGAACUGGAUCCGCGCAACAUGGCAGCUGGGCUCUCGAUGGGCCGAUCUAAUCUGCAAGGGAGGUUGUCAUUGGGCCACGGAAGAGAGAAGGGCCUUAGAAGACCGGGUCAACAGUUGGUGUUGGCGGACCAGCAAAGUGGGCCGAGUCGAGUGGACAUUAGCCACGAGCUGGACUUGGUGAAGAAAAUGACUUCUGCAUCUUGCAUUGCUGGGGCUCAACCUCAUUGCAAUAAGAGCCUUAUCAGCGGGAUUAGGUGCUACGGAGUCAGUCUUCGCCGAAAAGAAGAACUCACGUACUCUUUUGUUGGUUUGCAGUCAGGUGAGAGAACCAAGCCCAUGCCUCAGAAGGCUUCUUUGAGAGUUCAAGGAAAGAGGAAAGCUCUGCUGAUUGUGGUAACUGUAGUAGAGCAGCUGAACGGUGCCCUUGGUCAGUCAGGGCUGCUGGUUCUUCCUUGUAUAGCAGCACACAUCAAUCAGGUUGUCAUUGACUCAAUUCUGGUGAACUUUUGGAUUCGGAAGGAUCAGUCACCAGAUGGAACCAAGGAAGUCUGAACAAUAGCAGAGUACAUCGAAGCUUUGCCACUUCCUAAUCUCGUUCGGUCUAGAAAUGGUGCUCGUGUUAUCGAAGUAAACACGUUCUAGGAUUAGUAAAUUCUGUUAUACCAUUGCUUCUGGUGUUCUAGUGUUGAUUUUUUUCCUGCUGUUUAGUGAUCAAUGGGGACUGGAAGAGUGCCUCUUAACGGAACGAGAGUGUCGUGUAGGCGUUUGGGGAGCUCGAACCCGCCUUCUAUGAGUGUCUCUGUUCUGUUGUCUCAGAUACCUCCUCAGACUACCCCCUCACUCUCUUCCGUAAUUGGAAAAGCUACAAGGUAUAAUCUGACCUCUUACCAUGAAGUUCUAUGUUGCGUCUAGACGCAGAAUCAAGAACUUGUCUGAAAGAGACACGUUCUCCAAUUAUUAAGAGCCGACAAUGAUAAAAAUACAUAGUUGAUACUCGGAACUGAUAGUGGAGGCUUUUGGCAAUCAUUGGAGUAGUGGUUUUCUUGUUUGGACAGCAAGAUGUAGUUUAGAAUCAGAUACACUGAAAUCCGUCCUAGCACGGGAUUUUGUAAAAGGAAAAGUAUGCAUAGAUGAACUGAUGAUCUGCAUCAUUGGUG